UCUCUCCCGCGUAUUCAAAAUUUAAAAUACACACAUCCGGAAUCCAUCUAUCCCCCCAAAUCCCGAUCAUAAAUAAUCUCAUCGUCCCCAAAUUCUCCAAAUAAAAACGCCUAGUCUACUCACAACACACAUACACUAUCACCAGCUAGGGUUUCUCCACAUCACAAGAUCAAAUCACAAAGCGAUCAAAUAUGUUUAGCUCUUGGCCUGAUUUCUUAGCAUUUUUCUACCGAUCAACUGUGGGCUGUUUGCUCGGCUGUUUCAGAAUCAGAGACGUCCCUUCUCGCCCUUGUUCGCCUCUAGUUUCGCAACCCAACACGGAACCUGCUGUUUCGAGAAAUCGCAAACGCCUUAAUUCUCUAUCUUCUCCUCAAGGAAGCAAUGGUUCACCAGGCAAUGAGAAGCAGUGUAAUCGUUUGGAUCUUGAUUUUGAAGGACUUCGAGAUGAGGCCAAGUUUCUGCAAGCUUGUGGUACUUUACCAGAGACUCCUACUGAAAUUCGUAAAGCAUCAUAUAUAUUGAAUGAUUCAUCUCCUACUGAAGAUUCAGAAUCCUCAAAGUUCCAUUCAUGGCUUCCCAACACUUCAAUUCAGAAGCUCAAUUUGGAGAUGGAACCUGAUCAGCCACCUACACCUAGUAAACAAUGUGAAGAUUGGGUGAGCAGUUCUGGUUCUUCAGCUUAUGGACCUAACAGUUCUCCGAAAACCGGACAAAUGAUCUCUACCAAUGCUGAGGAUAGUGAUGCUGGCAGAUUCGGCACAGGAGCACAUAAUUACGCUAGUCAGGCUGCUAGUGUGCAAAGCAAGUCUGUUCGUUUUAAGUGCCCUUCUGACACGUCUUUAUCUUCAUCGAAAAGCCCCUCAUCUGAAGCUUAUAGUCUAAGCUCAGAGCAAUCGGAAUCAUGUGGUGAUGAAAGGGCAUCAAAGCUGUCACCAAACCCGACUCCCCUUCAGCUAACUGAUGAUAUGCAAACACCUGGAACUGUUUUCCCAUCUUAUAUAGGAAACAUGAUAGUUGGAAAGAAUCCCAGGAUUAGGACUCAAUAUGUACAGUCUCUUCCAGACCUGACUGAAAAAAUUCCUCAUCUACGAGUGUGGAUGGAAGAGGGUUUGAGUCCUGAUCCGGAGUCUGCUCACCUGAUAAAAUCGUUUGAGCAGGCUGCUAAUGCAACCCCUAAUUCAGAAGUGAGGGUGUCAGACAACUCAGUUGAGGAAGGGACGAAGGUGGAAGAAAGCUUUUCAUCUUGUAUGGAAUCACUGCCACCCAAACAAUGUGCCAACGGUCAGCGGGUUGUAUCAUUUGCCAGUGAUAAUACUUAUUUUGGCAGAACUCCUGGGGAUCGACCUGUCCUUGGAACAGUAGCUAUUCACUGGAAUGAGGAUGAAACUUCUCUCGUGUCACCAAAAUGGUGGGAUGCGAAUGGAAUCCCCAAUUCAACUACCAAGUACAAAGAGGAUCAGAAAGUGAGUUGGCACGCAACCCCUUUUGAGGAAAGAUUGGAAAAGGCUUUGUCCGAGAAGCAUAUUUUGUCACAAAGGAGACUUCUCAAUGGUGCAGCACCCCUGGAUUUUUAUGAAAACCAGGAAUCUAAUUCUGCAGUAGCUCAGAAGGACUCUUCAAUACCUGUAGAUGUAUUAUGAGCUAAAUAUCUAUCUCCGCUGAUAAUUGGAUUGUGCAGAAAUUUUAUUGGAUAAUUGAAUAGCUGAACUAUGUCAAUAUCUUUCGUCAAAGAUUUCUGUUGUGGGGCAAGGUUUGUCUUGCCAGCAUCAGGCAUCACUUACAGUGUGAAUAAACAAAGUUUUACCUUGCAGACUUCUUUUUCGACAUCCUUCUGAUGAAGUUUAUGUUUUCAUGCAUCUGUUAUAUGUAACUUUGUGCUUCA